AUGGCGGAGGAACUCGACGCCGCAGCGUUUGUGAGCGCGUUGUAUCGCAAGGUGCUGCUCUCUGUGAAAGCGUCGAACGCAAUUCCAUCCGAAGACGAUGGUUUCCACUUCCACUCGCAGUUCAGCACCGAAUUUGCGACACGCUCCAAGCGCUCUGGCGCUAAGGCCAAGGAACUCGUGCAGCUGCUGACCAAGCGCCGACGCGCUGAUGCAGACGCAGAGCAUGCGGACAGCAGUGACGAGGAUGAAGACGAGGUGCAGGAACUGUUUGACGGACCAGAACCCAACGCUCGUGUUACAGACUACGCUGAUAUGCUGCUGGACGAGGCUUCUAAGCACCUUGCGCGCUUUGUGAGUGGCGAGUCAGCAGCGUCCACCGAGGAUUCCAAGCUCCGGCCACUGGAGAACACGCCACAUGUGUUUGAAAAGAACAAAAAAGCCAAUAAGGAGGAGGAAGUAGAGAAGAAAGUGCUGCGAGGAGCACAAGACAAGCCCCAGGACAGAUUCGACGAGAAGAUCGACAACUCGGACGCGCCGUUCGUGUCUAAACUUCGUGAAAAGGUGCAUGCGCUAAUUAAUGGCGCUGCUACUGUAGUGGCAGAUGAUGAAGAUGACGAGAUGGCUCCGCGGAAUCCAUACUACCCCGAGAUCAAGGGGCUCAAGUAUGCUCCAUGGCAGUUGGAGGCUUCUGAAGAGCCGUACGAGAUGAUUGGGCUGGACAAGGUGUCGUAUCUGUGGGUAGACUCAGAGGAGAACCUGAUGCAGAUGAUGAAGUCUCUGACAGCUGCUGAAGCUCGCGUCAUCGCGGUGGAUCUGGAACACCACAGCUACAGAUCGUACAUGGGUCUCACGUGUCUCAUGCAGAUUUCCACAGCACAAGAGGACUUUUUGGUCGACACAUUGGCACUCCGUGGCAAGCUGCAGACACUGAACCAGGUCUUCUGUGACCCUGAGAAGGUCAAGGUGCUGCACGGUAGUGACAUGGAUAUCCUCUGGCUACAACGCGAUCUCGGUCUGUAUAUUGUCAACCUCUUCGACACGGGACGUGCAGCGCGUCUGCUACAGUAUCCACGUUUCUCCUUAGCAUACAUGCUCAAGCGUCACUGCAAUAUCGACGCCGACAAGCAGUACCAACUUGCAGACUGGCGUACUCGUCCGCUCGAUAAGAAUAUGGUCAAGUACGCGCGUGAAGAUACACGCUACCUGUUGUUCAUCUACGACCGACUUAAGAAGGAGCUACUACAAGCUGGAGCCAAGUCUCGCGAGAGUCUACUCUUCCAGACACUUCAGAACUCCAGUAAACUGUGUCUACAGGUGUACGAGAAGCCCCAACCGACAGAGGAAGAUGCGCUUGCAGUCGGUGAGAAACUCAAGGGAACAGUAUACCUCCGUGAUCUCUCUGCGCUUCAGAAGCGUGUUAUCGUGGCGCUUUAUCUCUGGCGCGACCGCGUUGCUCGUCAGGAAGACGAAUCUGUGGCUUAUGUGAUGCCAAACCACGUGCUCAUGAAGCUCACCAAGCACCUGCCAGUACGAUCCGAUGACCUUUUCCGUGUGUGUCAUCCAGUGCCACUGCUUAUCCGUAAGCAUGCGCUUCAGAUUACAAAAAUGAUCGUCGCUGAGAAGACAAAGCUGGCUGCGGAAGAGACCAAAACUCGUCCAGAGCCUCAACCUGCAGUCGCAGCAAGGCCAACAAGAAAGACGUGGAACGAGGAUGGAGACGAACAGUCAGUUACUUCAAUUCGGAAGCGUGUUGGACGUACGGAGUAUGCUCCUUGGAAGAGCGGCCAGCGCAAGGCUGGUGUCGCUGCUGAAGCUUCAUCGUCCAGCAAUCGACCGGUUGCUCUUGGCGCUAACACAACGGAGACUGUCGAUGAGUCAGAGACUGCAGCCACGUUGCUUGAAAAGGUGAACGCUAUGGUUGCGAGUACAACGUUUACUAUAGCUGAUAGUGAGGCAGUCGAGACAGCAGUCGCUAAACCGACGUCCUUAUUGGCGACUCCAAGCAAGGAAGAGGGCGAGAGCAAACCGAAGAUGCCGCAGUCGAUAUCAGAGACCUAUAACAUGUCUAGCCGAUCCAAGCGGCGGAAAACUACCGCAGUGGACACUUUGUCGGCCUCGGAAGUCAAGGACCGUGCGCAGGCGUUUAUGCAGAAGGUCGAUGGAGACGACGAAGGUGAAGACGAGAGCGGCUUCCAGGGCUUCGACUACGCUGCAGCCAGUACAAAGGACGACAAUCAAGACCAACGGGGCCGCAGAGGUGGUCGCGGAGGCCGAGGCAACAAAAGACAGGCAGGGUACAAUCCGUUCGUGGCCAUGAGUGGCAAGGGCAAGAAGGACCCGAACGAGCCUAAGGCCGCACAAGUCAAGAAGAUGCACCACAUGCCCAGAAGCGCCACCUUUGUGGUAAAGAGACAGUUUAUCCGGACAGAUUUACUCAAAAAUUUUAGCGCCAUUCUGGAAAACAAACCAAGCAGCGGACGCGAUCUCUCGAUGACUCGUAGCGACACGCUUAAGCGCGUCUCGCCCACGUCGUUCGAGUCUGAUGGAGGAGAAGGCACCGCCAAGAAGUCUAAGGCUUUGGUGGAUGUUGCGAACGCGGCGGCGGCCACGGUGCGUAAGGGACCGCUCAAGACAGAGGACAUGGGUCAGGACUCCAUCGAGGCAGGGGAAGACGCCCAAACGUCCGCUUUAUCGUCCAAAACUGACCUUAACCGCGAGCAAGAAGACGGGGGGAAAGACGUGGAAAUGGCUGAUGUCGAGGCCUCAGACACGACUGAGAUCAAGACAGACCGUAAUACUGCCGCAAACAAGUCGUCAUCUAAGAAGCUAGCCAAAAAGCGUGCAAAACCUGCUGGCAAAGCUGCUAGUAACGGGAAGACAGCGACGAAGACUAAAGCGAAGCCGAAGCCGAAGUCGAAACCGAAGGCUAAAGCCAAAGCAGCGCCAAAACGGAAGCCACGGACUCAGACGGAUAAAAUGAAAGAGAACGCGCCACUUGCUUCGCCUUUGUUCGUGGAAACGGGAGCAGAAUGGAACAACACAAACAUCGACUUUGACGAAUUGAACACGCUGCGGUCGAUGUGGGAACUGCCUGCUGCUUGUCACAUUCUGUGGCUAUUGCAGAGUCCGCUGACGCUUCGGUUCUCCAAUACAUUGCUGGAGUAUGAGGCAGCAUUGCUGAGACCAGAGGACAGUCCCGUGCUGGAGGACGUUUUCACGAAACUUUUGCUAAAGAAAAGUGAACGAGCGUGUUUAAGUGCUGGAAUUGGCCUUAAGUACGAGUGGUGGAAUAAGCAACUGCGGAUUUACUACCUGGACAUGUACAACAAGUGGUACGCACUGCUACGCAAGGCUGGCGAGCGUCUACCGGAAUCGUUUUCCCAAGAUGAAGACGAUGAUGAUAGCAGCGUCUCCGACAGCAGGACGGACGAACAGGUGGACGUGGAACUCUCUGACGACGAGUGGCUGACGCUCGACAUCCUAAAGGCGCGUCUUGAAACUCUUGGUGUCGUCUGUCCUCUGAAGCAUCAGUCAUUUGCGGACUUGUCGAUUGAGUUGCGAUGCAAAAUCCUACUCAACUUGUGCGAGGCCGUGGUGGACGACCCGGCUAACACUGAAUAUAUGCGUCAGAUGGAAGAGGACGAUCUACGCGUGGACCCGCUGGGCAAUGAUCGUGCUGGGAACUUGUAUUAUUUCUUCCCACAGUUCUACGAGGAGCGGCGGCUGUACAGAUUGGAACCGGAGACAAGACAGUGGUCGCUGUGGGCAAAGGGGGAUGACGCGUGUCGCUCUAUGCUCAAAGCGAUAAAAGACAUUCGUGGACGUAAAAUCCGCGGCGAGCAAGAGCUUCUGGAUCAUCUGGAAGUUAUAGUAGAGCAGAUCGAGGACGAGGACGAAGCUCGUGCGCGGCAGCUGGAGAAAGCUAAUCGGCUGGCGAUUCUCGAGGCGAUUCCGCGUAAACGUUCGCUGCGUCUGCAAGUAAAGCAGUUGGAGAAGAUGGAAAAACAUCAAGAAGAGCUGGAGCAUCAGAAGGAAUUGUCCAUGGAGGAAAUUGCAGAAAUGAGACGUGAUGAGUUGCUGAAAAAGGUCGAGCGCGAAGCUGAGAAGGAGACACGCGACGCUGAGCGCGAGGCCCGACGCUUGCACCGUGAACAGGUAGAACGAGAGGAGGCACAAGCUGAGCGAGAGAGACGUCGGCUGCGUCGAAUCGAGAAGGAGCAAGAGGACGAGAAACUCGAGCAACUAGCUGAAGAAGAGCGAAGAAAACAAGAGGACGCGCGUGCGCUUCGUGCUCAACAGCGGAAUGCAGACGAGGAAUGGCAGCAAGUAGACCAGGAGGCAGGGGAAGCAGCUACAACAACAAGAAGCGAGCAGGUUUCGGCUUCAGUGGAGCCUUAA